CAGUCAUAUUAGGAACAGGUGACUAGCAGUAUGGCCGGUACUAACGUAUUAUUUACUGUUAUAAUCAUUUUGAUAUAUACUAUCUGCACAGUAGACAGUAUCAGUACCGCCAAUUUAGAGGCUAAUUUGGAUGAGUAUAUCAAUGCUGGACUGAAAUGUCAUACAAAGAAUCCCGGACUUGCUCUAGCAAUUGUAAAAGACGGAAAGGUUAUAUUGACAAAGGGCUAUGGUGUCCGAGAUUUGUCUACAAACUCGCCAGUUACUGAUCAUACAUUAUUUGGUAUUGCGUCCAUGUCCAAAGCAUUUGCUUCUACUCUCCUAGUAAAAUUGUUGGCCAAACAUACGAAUAUGAGUAUAUAUACUGAUAUUGCAAAGAUUUUACCAAAUUUCAAGUUUACAACACAUAUUCGUACUGACAAUGCAAACAUACGAGAUAUUCUAUCUCAUACUAUGGGAUUCCCACCUCAUAAUCUGAUGAGAUUGGACCCUAAUUUCACACGAGAUGAUAUUGCAAGUCGCUCACAGAAGGUGCAUAGUGUACAUCCUUUUCGCGAGUCUUACCUGUAUAACAAUAUGAUGUACGGACUGGCAAGUGUGGUAGCUGAAAGAAUUGGCGGGAAACGAUGGGAAGAUCUAAUUGAAGAAGAAUUAUAUACACCACUAGGAAUGUCAGGUUCUUCAUUCAUGACAAAAGUUGAUUUGAGUGGUAAUGUUGCGAAGGGAUAUGGAACUGAUGAUGCUACGGGAGGUCCUGUGCCAAUAAAUUUUGCCAUGAACAGACGGUGGGGACAAAUGGGCGGCUCUACCAAUAUCAUGAGUAAUGCGGUGGACAUCUCAAAGUGGAUGCUUUUCCAUUUGAGUAAGGGCCGUAACCAAGCAGGACAACAAAUCUUAAGUGAGAGUGAUAUGGCGACACUUCACCGAAGGCGGAAUACUAUUUCAGCUCCAACAUCAGAAAAAUAUUUCUCACAACCACAAGUUCCCGUGUCCUCGUUAGAAGAAAACUACGCCUUGGGAUGGAAAAAUGGUGUAUACAGAGGAUACAGAGUUUUACGACACACUGGUACAACUUGGGGUUAUAGUUCAUUGGUGACACUGAUUCCGGACAUGAACAUAGGGUUUUUCACAACAAUGACUGGUGCCGAUCCAGGAUAUCAAUUCCGCUAUUUACUCCACAACUACAUCGGAGACCUACUCCUAGGGGAGACGCCAUGGUUGAAUAAAACAACACUAUGUUCCUUUCCCGAACCGUGGUACAACCAAUCUACUAGCGUAUACCAUCCAAUUAACAAGCACAUUAACCCAACAAGGGCACUUAGUUACUAUGUAGGCGUUUACCAUAACAGUAUGUACGGCGACCUACACGUGACCAUGAAUACGUCCGCAAACACGUUGCAGAUGAAUUAUGGGAUAGGAUCAUGGCUUCUAUAUCCAAAAGUAACACAUGACAAAUUUGUGGGCGAAGGGACGAACAUUGUACACAAAAUUAUUGAUCUUUCUUCAAUUCAAUUUCAUUCUUCUAAUUUGCAUGGGAGAAGUACCAUUGAUAGCGUAAAAGUAAUUAGCUUUGAGACAAGAGCGCCACCUGUUUUCACCAAAACAAGUAGUCAUGUCAACACUGGGACUAUUGUCGGUUAAAAUUUAUAUAAGUUGAACGAUUGAAAUUUUGGAAGUGAAAAUAAAUAUUGAUUUGUGCAUUGUU